CUUGAAAAUGACUACAUGCAGUGAACAGAUGACAAGCUUGAUAGUUGAGGUUGUGGAUUAAAAAAAAUCUACUGAAUCAAUAAUAAUAUGGAAGAAAAUGAAGAUGGAUGAGAAAACUGAGAUCCAUCCAGCAAGCUCAACUGACUUUCCCAAGGUUACCGAGAUUUUUGAAGCUGUGCUGUGUUUCAUGUGAUAAAGAUCUCAGGACCAAUUAAAUUCCUGAAAACCUGCCAGAUCCUAUUGGCUAAAAUGGGGAUUUGCCAGGCCCCAGGUUCUGAGUUACAAAGAAGAGGCAAAACAUAUAUGACUCAGUUAAAGGAGUGGAGACUUCUGUAAGACAUGGAUAGAUGCAAACAUGUAGGGCGGUUACGACUCGCCCAGGACCAUUCUAUCCUGAAUCCUCAGAAGUGGCACUGCAUGCAAUGUAACACCACAGAGUCUGUCUGGGCAUGUCUGAAAUGCUCUCAUGUGGCCUGUGGACGGUACAUUGAGGAACAUGCAUUUAAACACUUUGAAGAAACCAGACAUCCAUUGGCUAUGGAAGUCAAUGAUCUCUAUGUGUUCUGUUACCUUUGUGAAGACUAUGUUUUGAAUGAUAACCCUGAAGGGGAUCUGAAACUGCUCAGAAGUACUCUCUCAGCAAUUAGGAGCCAGAAGCAGGAUUUGUCUGCAAGAAGUGGUAGGAUGCUUCGGUCAAUGGCUUCAGGGGAGGACGUGUUCCAACCUCAGCAGGUUCCUCAGGGACAGCCCCAGAUGUUGACAGCUCUGUGGCACCGGCGUCAGUGUCUGCUGGCUAAAGCGCUGAGGAUCUGGUUUGGAAAAAGCACGAGAGGCCAACAGAAAUUGGAGCAAAGAAAGCAAAUAGAGGAGUUGGAGAAGAAGAAGGAAGCUGCAAGGCAGCGGAGGCAGGAGAUGAAGCGCCGCCUCCUUGAGGAGCUGGCCAACACCCCUCCCAGGAAGAGUGCAAGACUGCUUUCUCAUGUUCACCAAGCAAAUUUGAUUCCCAGGAAGUUCAGAGAGAUGGCAACAAGUUCCCCUACCUCAAGAAGAGUGCAGAGUAGCAAAUUUAAGCCGUUUUAUUCCAUUCGCCGUAAGCCAAUGGUGACACCCGGUGUAACAGGUCUGCGAAACCUGGGUAACACCUGUUACAUGAACUCUAUCCUUCAAGUGCUCAGUCACCUCCAGAAAUUCAGAGAAUGUUUUUUGACCCUUGACCUCUGUGAAACGGAAGAAUUGCUUGCCAAAACAGCCAAUGGGAAGUCUCAGAUGUCAGGUAAAUUGGCAAAUGGAUCUCCUGCUGAUGAGUCAGCGAGAAAUGACAGAAUUGAACCAUGCAGUAGGCAGGGCUUACCUACUGGCUUGAAUGGUGGGUCCUCUAUAAACAGGAGCUUAGAACUAAUACAGCCUAAGGAGCCAAGUUCAAAGCACAUUUCUCUCUGUCAUGAAUUACAUACCCUCUUCCGUGUUAUGUGGUCUGGGAAGUGGGCCCUGGUAUCUCCAUUUGCCAUGCUCCAUUCUGUUUGGAGUUUGAUCCCUGCCUUUCGGGGCUAUGACCAGCAAGAUGCUCAGGAGUUUCUCUGUGAGCUACUGGAUAAAGUCCAGCAGGAGCUGGAAUCAGAGGGAACCAAGCGUCGGAUCCUCAUCCCCUUCUCUCAGAGAAAACUCACCAAGCAGGUUCUGAAGGUGGUGAAUACAAUAUUUCAUGGGCAGCUGCUCAGUCAGGUCACAUGCAUCACAUGCAAUUACAAAUCUAAUACUAUUGAGCCCUUCUGGGAUCUGUCCCUGGAAUUCCCUGAGCGUUAUCAUUGCAUAGAAAAAGGGCUUGUCCCUUUUAAUCAGACUGAGUGCAUGCUUACGGAGAUGUUGGCCAAAUUCACAGAGACGGAGGCCCUGGAAGGGAGGAUCUACGCAUGUGACCAGUGUAACAGCAGACGGCGUAAAUCCUCUCCCAAGCCCCUGAUUCUGAGUGAAGCUAGAAAGCAGUUAAUGAUCUACAGACUACCUCAGGUCCUCCGACUGCACCUUAAGCGAUUCAGGUGGUCUGGACGUAAUCACCGUGAGAAGAUUGGGGUCCAUGUCGUCUUUGACCAGGUAUUAACCAUGGAACCUUACUGCUGCAGGGACACUCUCUCCUCUCUUGACAAAGAAACCUUUGCCUAUGACCUCUCUGCAGUGGUGAUGCAUCACGGGAAAGGGUUUGGCUCAGGACACUACACAGCAUAUUGCUACAACACAGAGGGAGGUUUUUGGGUCCACUGUAACGACUCCAAGCUGAAUGUAUGUAGUGUCGAGGAAGUGUGCAAAACCCAGGCCUACAUCCUUUUUUACACUCAAAGAACAGUGCAGGGCAAUGCAGGAAUCUCUGAAACCCAACUCCAAGCUCAGGUGCGGUCCAACAACAGUGAUGAGGACAGAAGAUUGACAUUCCCCUGAAGGGAUCAUAGGUCACCCAAUGACCUCUGGCUUGUUUUUGAAACUGUCGGUGUUCAUACAUCCUUCCUCUUUGUAGGAAUUAAGACUGACUGAAGGAACAGAUUUGCCACACUCUGGGGUCAAGAGUAGGAGUUGUCAGGCUACUUAGUCCUGUCAUGAAAAUUUGUAGUCAGUUUCUUUUUAAUGUAUUUGGAUAUUCCCCACUUUCCAUAAAACAGAACAAAAGGAACAACCUCUUUAGUCAUCAUCCUUUUUAUCACCACCUCUCCAUUAUAAAAGGGGGAUCUUGGCAUUAGGGAGAUAAAUGUAAAAUGAUGGUGUUCAACAAGGGGAGAAGCCUUGUUAUAAUCUCUCCAUUAUGCCUUCUCUCCCCACCCCCCCAAUCAGUGCAAACCAGCACUCUGAGCAGGUAUAGCCCCAGCUAUUAGUUAUUCCCAAGUGAGGAGUCCUAGACUUAGGUCAACUGCCUUAUCAGGCUGGUUACCCCCAGGUUUAAGCUAGAUAAUACAUGUCCCAGGUCUGGGUUGGCUCUGGUAGCAGGACAUUUGGAUAGAUGUGUGCUAGGCAUUUGUCAAUCCAGGAUAACAUUGGCUGGGGAAUCAUUGCAAUUGUGCACUAAAAGGAGGGAGGGGGGAAGCAAACCACAUGAAAAGUGCCCAUGGAACAUUUUUUUGUCUUUAAAAAAAAUGUCAUUACCAACUUUAGGAAGACAAAUUCUGAAGUUUUCUUAAGCUUUUUUGGAUGAGCAGAGUGUAAACCAAGAUCCCUAUAUGAAGCAAAGUCAGUAGUCACUUUAAAAAUGCAACCAGGCUUUUGAAGUGUGUCUUAUGUACUGCUCAGCUAUGUAUCAUCUCUGGGUAGCCUAUUUGGUCCACUUAACAACAGCUCUCAUAGGAAAGCAACAAGAUCAGCAAAGUCCAUCCAUUUUACUCCACUGCUUACUUCACUGCUAGAGUAAAUAUUAGAGCUGUAGGUCUGAAUCAUAGGCCUGAGAUGUAUGUCUGUCCUUGGGUCAGUCAUCUAUUCCUAGGCUUCUCCAAAAAUCAAGUUAUUGGGAAUAGAGAAGCCUUUUAGUCUGGUAUUUAACUUGAAUGUUCACUGUGUUCCACAGCCCAACUCACUGACAUUAUAAACAUCUCAAAGAGCAUGGGCCUCAGUCAUAUACUUGAAGAUUUGUAUUAUCCUGAGGAAUGGCAGUUGCUCAGAAACAUGUUCCCACUGUAGCUGCAGCUUGUUGCAGCUUACUGCUUCUGGGCCUGGUCAGAUUCCUCCCAGAUUUCUUGGGAAUUCAGGAUCACUUAGAAUUAUACUACCUGUUAGAGAAUUAAAAGGUGAUGUGAUCCAGGUGCUGGUGAAAUAUGUACCUUACUCUUUAAAUUGGAUCCAUAGCAAAAAUUGUAAUGAAAUUUCACAGGUUGACCUUAUAUAUGAAUGUACCCUACUUACUAGCCAGCCACCACUGAUCUUACCUUGUGAACCUUUUGGUUUUGGCAACUCAAUUGAAAGUCAUUUGCAAACCAUAACAGCAUUGUAGCUGUUGCUACAAUGAAUGAAGCCUCAGCUUAUCAAUAUGAAUGCUCAUCUUUUGACUGAGUAUAUCACAUUAAUAUUUGAAUUCAGGUAGAGGUACAGCUGUCAAAUGAACGGAAUAAGAGUUGAAGGGGGUUUGGGAGGGAGGAAAGAUGGGGUGGAGAGAAAGGAAGAAGCUGAAGAAAAAGCAUAGGUUUAGCUAUGCUGAUGAAUGGGAUUUCCCAAGAUCUGUAGCAUUUGCUGUUGACCUCUUUUGAGAUGGUCCCUCCUAAAUGACCUACCAAACGGCACUGAGACAUGGAGACAUUACAAAGAAAAGAUAGCUUACCCUUGUAGGGAGGAGAGUAAUUAUACUUUGAAUUAAACUUGCUUUUUCCAACACUGUGAGGUUUCUGUAAUAUUUAGCUUUUAUUUGGAAGCGAUAGCGUAUAGCAUUUUUUAUGCUGUUUGGUUUAUAUUGUCUCCUGCAGGCUUCUUUAUAUAAGCUUUGCCCAGGGCUCACUCUGCAGUACACUGUUUUAAAGUGUCGAAACGCGAGGGCCACCAGAGGAGGUUCUGAUGUGGAGUUAAGCUCUCGAGGCCCAAAUUGUUAAUCAGCACAAUUGGGAACAAUGUUUUUCAUGGUGACGGCAAAACCCAUUUACCCUAAGAGCUAAGGAUAGUAAACCUGUUAAAAGGAAAAUAAAAAUCGUGCCUCAUCUUUCACUAAAUUCUAUAUUUAUUAUUCUAGAAUUAUAGAAAUUAAAAGAUAGAAAGGACUAAUAGAGUACCUACUCCAUUCCUCUGGCCAGUCCAGGGGGAAACUUUUUAAAAGAUAAAAAGCAAAACAGUGUGAUAGGUUAAUACAAAUAUUCAAAUUUAAUUUAAAAAAUUAGUUUUAUACCAAAUGAUUAUAAGGAUUAUUAAGCUGAUAAAAGAAUGUGUAAAGUAAAUGCUUAACUUGGCCAAACACCAAUAGAUCAAAAUAAUUUUUAAAGACCUUUUUUUUUUUUUUUUUUAAAUUAUAGAAACAUGAGAACUAUCAUCCUAAAAUACUAAACUCCUGAAACAGGGGUUUCAGUCAGUACAGAGGUUUUAAGAGGCCAAAUCAGCCCUGGAAGCUAAAUGAGAGUAAAAUCUGAGCUGAAAUUUUGGAAACAAGGGCUUACUUCCACUUGCUGAAUCAGCCCACAUUUCAAAACUCAAAUGAAAGAUUUAAAAGUAAAAUGCCCUUUUUAAAUUUGUGUAAAUUGGAUAUAGACAAGUCUUAGUUGCUUCUUGCUUUCUAACAUGAGAAAAAAUUAAGAACCAAGUAAGACUUUUAGAGAAAGGCUACCAAAUCCAAUUCAAGUUUCUAAUAGCAGAAACCUCAAGGACCCAUUUUGUUCCAAAGAGCAAUUAAAUUAUUCAUUAAAAUCUCAUUCCUGGAACACUUAUCACUUGGCCAGCAUAUUUACUUUCUACUAUGAUCUGCUUUCUCUGAUGAAGGCAUCCUGGCCCCAAAAGGUAUUUUACCUCAGACUAGUUUGACCUUGAUAUUUUCAUUCACCCUGAGUCAAGCAUGUGUGCUAAUAUAGUGUUAAUCAACAAUUAACCCUCAGGUAGCCAAGAACUGAAGCUCUUAAAGAACAGGCCAGCUUAGAUUCAGCCCCCCUUCAAGGAUAGGAGGCAGUGCCACACUCUAAAUUUACAGAUGUCUCUCCAAAUAUCAAAAACAAAACUGGAAACUGUAGAAUUGUUAAUGUGUCCUAUGGACUCAAUAGCAGAGUUUAUUUUUGUUUUGAAUAGCAAGGCUUCUUGAGUCAAUGAUUGUAAAAAGUUCCUUACUCUGCCUAUGCUUAGGCCCAGACAAAUGCAAGAAAAUACCAUGAGAUCUGAGACUGGCUGGACAAGGGUGCUUUUUACCACAACUGGGCUCCCAUGUAAGCUCAAGCAGAGGUUUGACAAUAGUCACUUAAUGAGAACUUUUUGGGUGGGUGGGUGGGGGUGGGAGGAAGGCCAGAGCAGAGGGCUGGGGGGGAGGGGAGCUUUACUUUAUUGAUAAAGCUUUGUGAACUAAUUUUAUACAAUUCAUAAAAUUUGGUGCCUUGUAUCCAGUUUGGUUUGCAUGGGACACGAGAUUUAAGGAAAGGAUCUCCUUAUCAAUCAAGAGACAAAGGAGUUUGCGUGGUUUUUCAAGGAUUUUUAGUAUCUUUUUAUUUUUUUAAUUUUAACAUUUCAUACCCGUAUGGAUGUAAGUUCUUACCAGCAGUUCUCAGUGUGGUGUAUUUUAUUAUAUGUGUCUAAAAUCUUUGUAUCUGUGAUUAUUCAAAGACAGAUUCUUCCCCUCUCUCUUCUUCCAACUUGUCUCUUAAUAUAUAUGGUAAUUCAGGCCUUUCCUAAUCAGAGUGGGAGGGCUAUCUCUCCCCAAACUCAUCCAGUCUUUUUUUAGGAAACUUAUGUUCAAAGAAGAAGGUGCAAAGCACAAAUUUUUAGAAAAGACCUCUUAAGUUUCUAACAAGAACAGAAAUGGUGUUAGAAGUUAAAAGGAACACAAAAUUGUUUCCUCCUGUAAUGGAGCAAGUAUGGACUGAAGUUCUUUGCACAGAAUUGGAUGCAGCAGCAAAAAAUGCAACAAUCUCCCAUAUGUGAAUAUUAAGUUAUCAUGUAGGCUCAGCUGUAAUAGGACAGCUCAACUUUCCUACCCAAUAAUCUCCUUCCAUCCCAUUCUAAAUCCCUUGAAGAAGAAAACCACAAGCAGACCUAGUGUGCUCAGUAGAACAAGAUGUGGGAGGAAAGUGAAAGAGGCUAGUAAUCUUCCAUUAGUCUCUGGCCUAUUAAUUUGAUCCUUACCAAUAGUGUUAAUAUUCUGUAUAUGAGAAGCAUUCCAUGAGAUGAUUUUCAAUUACCUCACCAUCUAAAACCCACUUGACAAUUUGUAUCAGUUUUUGAGAGUGGUGUCUUUGACAAAGCUUCCGUAGCCAUUCUCCUGCAAAGGAGGCUAUCCAUAUAUACUUACAUAGUGGGUGAAUUUUGAGGGCAAGUGUUUUUUUAAGUUUCUAAAUGUUUUCAUUUUAAAUGCAGAAUUUGCCCUUUAGCACAGAUCUUUGACUUCAGCCAGUUUAUCUAUAGAAAUCUCACAUAAAGCUUUUACAUGUUUUUUACAUACUUUUACAUUAGCUACAAAACUUAAACAAUUUUUUUUUUUGGCUGCUUAUUCUGCUUCCUGUAUCUUGGAUCUAAGAAAACAUUUUCCAAUUUAAUAUCCAAGGGGCCACUUUAAGACCGCAUUUUUAAAAAGCAAUGAGUCACAACCUCUUUAAGACUGAAGGGAUAUCACAUAAAUUUGAGUUACUUGGCUUGGAGAAAAUGAGGUAUUGACAAUUGGAUAGGAAAUAGAAAACAGUUAUUUCCCACAACUGAUGGGUGGUUACAGGAAAUUGACUUGGUUUCUUUUUGGCAUUUGCUGGAUCAUUAAUUGUACUGGCACCAAAUUAUUACUCUCACAGGAUCUGUUAAUACAAACCUUUCCCACCUGCAUUGUUGGAAAAAAGCCUAAAUUCCCCAAAAAGUUUUCUUAAAUGUUAUUAAGGUGCUGUUAAGAUUAAAUUUUAAUUGAUCUUUUUUGCAAUGUCCUAAGAAUUUUUACUGAAUUUUGAUUAAAUAAAUUAUUGCAAACAAAUUAAUCACAGCUAUCAAUAGAUCUGAUAUUUUAAAUAAGCUUUGAUUUUUGUAGGGUACAAAUAUUCUUUUAAGAUCAUGUGUUGGUUGGUAUUAUAAGACUGGGCCAUGCUAUUGCCUACAAUGCCUACCAGGACUGUUGUUUGCCUGCACUUUGGUGCAGUAGCAUGAUCUUUGCCUCAUCUACUCAUUUUAACAGUACUUUGUAGAUUUGAAGUAAGAGUAUCACCAUCUCCCCAAAACUAAUCCAGAGAGAGCCUGAUUAAUCAGAUUUUCUGCUGCAAAGUUCUUUAGAGAUCACAUAAUCUGACACAUUCAUUUUAUAAGUGAGGAAAAUGAGACCCAGAAAGUUUACUUAGUACCUCCUAGAUAGUAAUAGCAUUUUCUUAUUCACAGAAAAAUACUAUUCCUAUUGGUAUAUGCUGUACUAGGAUCUAGGAAGAAAAUUAUCUAUUGAGACAAAUGGCAGCAUUAGAAUUCUGACAGUAAAUGAAGGAAAAGCUAUAUAUUUUACCAUCUUGAGGUAAAAAUAAGUUCCAUGAGGGCGGACUUUGGAAUGUAUUUCAUAUCAUACAACAGAUGCUUCAUAAAAGUUUGUUGAACUGAAAGCAUCUGUCCCAGCAUCCGGCACUUCAGGAGAUUCCAUUCCAAUUACUAUGUUCAAAGCACUGUGUUAAAUAGGAAAAAGCUGAGUAUAAAUUUCAGAGCUAAGGACCAAACAUAUCGGACCUUCCAAAUCUGAUCUAUAAUGAAAGCUAUUUCCAAAUUAAAGCCUUAAUGGACUUAGGUCAGAUCUAUAAUUGGCUAUACCCAGCCUCUUUGCUCAAUUCUUUUUUUUUUUUUUUACAAAAGUGUCUGUAAAACUUGUAUUCCUCUCUAGUAACAAUUUAGUUUUUAAUGAUCCCAUUUGCCCCAGAAACACAUUUCUGAAGACAGCAGCUGAGAUGGCAUCUGUACUUAACAUUUUUAAUCAAUAGAAAAUUUUCCCUCAUUCCCAGGUCGGUCUCUUUGCAUAUUAUGUUUAUAAAGAACCUUGAGCUCUACAUUCUAUAUAUUUCAUAUUAGUUUCAGCAGCGUUUUUUUCAAGUGGAGUCCUUUUCAUGCUAAGAUAGAAUGACCUUUCUUCCUCAGUGGCCUCAUGUAUAAAACACAUUCAUGCACUUCUCUGCCCUGUCUCCAGACUUGAAACCUGUAUUCCACCAAGUGUCCUGGUGGCAACUGUUAAAAUCUGCCUAAAGCCCUAAAAUGCUAUGCAACACCAAACUGGCAUCCUCCCUACUCCUCCCCAAACCCUGUUCACAAUUUAUGUUCCUCUUCAGUGAGUUUCAUCCCACAAUUAACAAUUUUUGGUGGUUGCAGUUUGCCUGGUUAGGAUUUUUUUUUUUUAAGUUUUGUUUUCCCGUUAAAUAAGCAGCUAACAAGUCCCCUCUUAAAACCCAUGAUGGGGGCCUGUUCCGUUCUCUUUUGGAUGUGAAAUAUGAAUCAUGUUUUUAUGAUUUUUGUAAAUCUUUACUCUUUUUACACAUUGUUUUUGUAAGCUGAAGUUUCUUAUUAAAAGAAUAAAAUCCCA